UGACAGGCAAAUGUCAGGGAUCCCGGAAGUGGAACCGUAAAGCGCGGAAUAGUCGUCAUAGAGACAGUCAGCUGGUUGAGUGGGCGAGAAGAAGGGGGGGAUCGGCUGGGAACAGAAGGGCCGGCACUUUCAUCUGCGCGGUCGAAAGGGUAAAAGGUGUAAAAUGGCAGGGAACAGUCUAGUUCUUCCCAUAGUGCUCUGGGGCCGUAAGGCUCCCACUCACUGCAUUUCUACAGUGCUAGUGAUGGAUGAUUUAGAAACCAUUGUAACUGGCUGCCACGAUGGACAAAUCUGCCUUUGGGAUCUUUCACCUGAGCUGGAGAUCACUCCACGAGCCUUGCUCUUUGGUCACACAGCCUCUAUUACCUGCUUAUCUAAAGCUUCUGCGUCCAGUGACCGACAGUAUAUUGUGAGCGCAUCAGAAAGUGGGGAGAUGUGCCUGUGGGAUGUGAAUGACGGGAGAUGCGUGGAAUUUACCAAAUUAGCAUGCACACACACCGGAAUACAGUUCUAUCAGUUCUCCAUUGGGACUCAGCGGGAAGGACGGCUACUGUGUCAUGGUCAUUACCCAGAAGUCCUUGUCAUGGAUGCCAGUAGCCUGGAUGUGCUUUACGCCUUGGUAUCCAAGAUUUCUCCAGACUGGAUCAGUUCUAUGAGCAUUAUUCGCUCUCACAGAACCCAAGAGGAUACAGUUGUAGCUGUUUCAGUGACCGGAAUCCUUAAAGUGUGGAUCGUUACUGCUGAAGUUCAUCGAAUGCAGGACACAGAACCAGUGUUUGAAGAGGAAUCCAAACCAAUUUACUGCCAGAACUGCCAAAGCAUUUCUUUCUGUGCAUUUACCCAGCGCUCUCUCUUGGUCGUGUGUUCUAAGUAUUGGAGGGUGUUAGAUGCAGGAGACUUUUCCUUAUUAUGUUCAGUCCCAAGCGAGGAAGGCCAGACAUGGACCGGAGGGGAUUUUAUAUCUGCAGAUAAAGUAAUAGCAUGGACAGAAGAUGGUCAAAGUUUUAUUUAUAGACUUCCAGCCAGUUGCAUUCCAGCCAGUGACACAUUCCGCAGUGAUGUUGGAAAGGCAAUAGAAAAUUCUAUCCCUCCAUUGCUCUACAGCAUUAUGCCAAAAGAAGACAAACAGGAAAGUCAUGAUGUGGAAGCUCUUGUCCAGGUUCCUGUCAAUGAGCACCCAGAUCAAACCAUUACCCUGGAACUGUACACACCUCGGACUUUGUUUCACAUGAGGCCUCUCGAGGCAAUACUACUAAUCUGCCCCCCAGUCACAAGGUUUUUUUACGGACGAAGGAAAUCUUUCCAUAAACUUCUAAUCCAAGGAGAUUCUUCAGGAAGGCUGUGUAUGUGGAGUGUUCCAGACGCGCUUGAACAGCUAGAGAACAAACAAGGUCUCCAAAUCACUACCACCACCUCAUUGCAGGAGGCAUUUGACAAACUCCAGCCGCUUCCUGCUGGGAUUAUUGAUCAGCUCAGUAUUAUGCCAAACAGCGUUGAGCCCCUUAAAGUGACCGCCAGCGUGUACAUCCCAUCUCAUGGUCGCCUGGUUUGUGGACGUGAAGAUGGCAGUAUAAUUAUUGUUCCGGCCACGCAAACUGCUAUAGUUCAGCUGUUGCAGGGUGAACACAUGUUAAGAAGAGGUUGGCCUCCCCACAGAACUCUGCGCGGCCACCGGAACAAAGUGACCUGUUUGUUGUAUCCUCACCAAGUGUCUCCACGUUAUGAUCAGCGCUAUCUUAUAUCGGGUGGUGUUGAUUUCUCUGUUAUUGUCUGGGACAUUUUCUCUGGCGAGAUGAAACACAUAUUCUGUGUACACGGGGGGGAAAUCACACAGCUUCUUGUUCCACCAGACACCUGUAGUACAAGAGUGCAGCAUUGUAUCUGCUCCGUGGCCAGUGAUCAUUCGGUUGGCAUUUUGAGCUUGAGAGAGAGAAAAUGCAUCAUGCUGGCAUCCCGCCACCUUUUUCCCAUCCAAGUAAUAAAGUGGCGACCAUCGGACGAUUAUCUAGUGGUUGGAUGUUCAGACGGCUCCGUCUAUGUCUGGCAGAUGGAUACAGGUGCCUUAGACCGUUGUGUUAUGGGAAUCACAGCCGUAGAGAUCCUAAAUGCUUGUGAUGAAGCCGUACCUGCUGCUGUUGAUUCACUCAGCCACCCGGCCGUCAACCUCAAACAGGCCAUGACCAGGAGGAGUCUGGCUGCUCUCAAAACUGUAGCACAUCAUAAACUGCAGACGCUUGCGACUAAUCUACUGGCUUCCGAAGCCUCCGACAAAGGGAAUUUGCCUAAAUAUUCACAUAACUCCCUGACGGUUCAAGCAAUAAAGACGAAUGUAACUGACUCGGACAUACACCUGCUCUUCUUUGAUGUAGAGGCCCUUAUUAUUCAGCUCCUCACUGAAGAAGCCUCCAGGCCAAAUACUGCACUGACGUCCCCUGAGAGUUUACAUAAAGCAUCUGGCAGUUCUGACAAAGGAGGGUCUUUCUUGGCUGGUAAACGAGCAGCAGUGCUUUUCCAACAGGUGAAGGAGACUAUCAAAGAAAACAUUAAAGAACAUCUCCUUGACGAUGACGAUGACGACGAAGAUGCGAUGAGACAGAAGCGGGAUGAAAGUGACCCCGAGUACCGUACUAGCAAAUCCAAGCCCUUGACUCUACUUGAGUACAACCUAACUAUGGACACCACAAAACUUUUCAUGUCAUGUCUUCAUGCUUGGGGUUUGAACUCUGCACUGGACGAUGUUUGCCUCGAGCGCCUUGGGAUGCUUAAACCGCACUGUCCGGUCUCUUUUGGCUUGCUCUCAAGAGGUGGCCACAUGUCCUUGAUGCUUCCACGUUUCAACCAGACCGUUUAUAAAGCAUUAGAUGGAAAUGUAGGCAUAGGGCGUAAAAUGUCCAUUAGUGAAGGACUCGGAAAAGGAACUUAUGGUGUUUCGCGGGCUGUCACUACACAACAUUUGAUGUCUAUUAUAUCCCUGGCCAAUACACUGAUGAGCAUGACCAAUGCUACAUUCAUUGGUGAUCAUAUGAAGAAGGCUCCAAACAGGCCUCCGAGAUCCGGAUCUCCAGACUCUAUGAAAGGGAAGGCUUCCGCCCAGAUCUCCAGCAGUAUAAUACAAAGUCAGAUCAAACAAGCUGUUGCUCCUGAUGCUUCUGCUAGCACUGACGCUGAUCAUUCUGGCUCUGAUCGCACUUUACAUUCCUGUUUCUCAGUCAAUGAAGGAUGGAGCCAGUUGGCUGCGAUGCAUUGCGUCAUGCUUCCUGAAUUGUUGGGGUUGGACAAGUUCAGGCCUCCACUCCUUGAAAUGUUGGCACGUAGGUGGCAGGACCGGUGCCUGGAGGUCAGAGAAGCGGCUCAGGCAUUGUUACUUGCUGAGCUCCGGCGAAUCGAACAAGAAGGACGUAAGGACACAAUCGAUUCCUGGGCACCAUAUUUACCGCAAUAUGUCGACACUUCUAUGUCACCUGGGGUUACAGGAGAAAGUAUUCAGACUGGCAGUGCGAGUCCAGACUCAGCUGGGUCAGAGACUAAAGUGCAAGAAGAAGAGCAAGAUCUUGUUGACGAUGACAUCACUGCAGGCUGUCUCUCCAACGUUCCUCCACUGAAGAAAGUAUCAACUUCUUAUGAAGAAAGACGAAAGCAGGCAACAGCGAUUGUGCUUCUGGGGGUCAUAGGCGCUGAGUUUGGAGCUGAGAUCGAGCCUCCAAAAUUGCUCACUCGUCCACGCAGCUCUAGUCAGAUUCCUGAGGGAUUUGGGCUGACCAGUGGGGGGUCCAACUAUUCUCUUGCUCGACAUACAUGCAAGGCUCUGACGUUCCUUCUGCUGCAGCCUCCCAGUCCGAAGUUACCCCCUCACAGCACCAUUCGCAGAACCGCCAUUGAUUUGAUUGGACGAGGUUUCACAGUUUGGGAGCCUUACAUGGAUGUGUCCGCCGUACUGAUGGGGCUUCUGGAACUUUGUGCUGAUGCUGAAAAGCAACUUGCUAACAUCACAAUUGGACUACCCCUGAGUCCAGCAGCUGACUCCGCCCGCUCUGCACGACACGCGCUCUCGCUCAUUGCCACGGCCAGACCACCCGCCUUCAUAACAACCAUCGCCAAGGAGGUGCACAGACAUACGGCUCUGGCUGCCAAUACACAGUCUCAGCAGAAUAUCCACACUACUGCCUUGGCUCGGGCUAAAGGGGAAAUUCUGAGAGUCAUAGAAAUUCUUGUUGAAAAAAUGCCUUCGGAUGUUGUGGAUCUCUUGGUGGAGGUCAUGGAUAUUAUAAUGUACUGCCUUGAAGGGUCCUUGCUGAAGAAGAAAGGACUUCAGGAAUGCUUUCCUUCCGUGUGCAAGUUCUACAUGGUCAGCUACUGUGAGCGGAGUCACCGAAUAGCCGUGGGAGCCUGCAUUGGCACAGUGGCCUUGUAUGACAUCCGUACAGGAAAAUGCCAGAAUAUUUAUGGGCAUAAAGGACCAAUCACUUCCGUUUCCUUCUCCCCCGAUGGUCGCUAUCUUGCCACCUACUCCAACAAAGACAGUCAUAUCUCUUUCUGGCAGAUGAACACAUCUCUUCUUGGAAGUAUUGGGAUGCUGAAUUCUGGACCCCAGCUGCGAUGUGUAAAAACAUACCAGGUUCCGCCUGUCCAGCCGGCCUCUCCUGGCUCCCUCAAUGCCCUAAAACUGGCCCGUCUGAUCUGGACUUCAAACCGCAAUGUUAUCCUUAUGGCUCAUGAUGGCAAAGAGCAUAGAUUUAUGGUUUAGGCCUAAAGAAGUCAUGUCCUACUAUCUUUCCCAGCAUAUUUUUAGCAUGAGUCCUGUCUUUGUUACUAGUUGCUGUACCUGUCAUUGGGGCCAAGAACCCUUGUUGUGUUAGGAGUGCAUGAAACCUCGUGAAAUAUAUUGCACCUGGUGUAGAACCAGAGACUGAAUAUCUGCUCAUGUAAAUAGUUACCUUCUGGUUGUCCAGCACUUUAACCCCUCGUAGUCCUUUCCAAAUGAUGUAACAGUAAUCUCAGCAGGAUACACAAACUUGAUGUGCGUUUUAUUUUUUGUGUUCGUUGGGUCUUCCAAACUGUUUUUGAAGUGGUUCAUUUUGGUAUCAUUGUGUUAACUUCCAAAUUUCAUUUGUGUGCGAGGAAACGUGUAGGCAGCCAUUACCAUGUGUCUUGUUUGUUUAUUUGUCUUUAGUGGGUCCUUAAUAUUGGGGAGGUUUUUUCUUUGUCCUCUGUGAUAUUUAAAGUUAUUUUUUGUAGUGUUUCCAACUGAAAAUACUGUUCUGGUCUAAGACUUUCCUCUCAAACUGUAUAUAAUGUGUACAUAAUUCCAUUUGCACUGAACGUUAUAGGUAGGAUUAGGGCUCGCGAAACAUUCCAGCUAUGAGAAGCUUCAUUUUGGGGAGGGAUUUUCUGUUUGUGUUCAUACAUAUCUACUGUAAUGGAUUGCAUACAUGACAUAUGAAAUUAUUUAAGAAUAUAGAAGUACUCGAGUACCCUUAGUAUAGCUUUACCUUGAAUUAUGCAGUAUAAUAAUAAAAUUAUAAUAAUAAUAAAAAUACCCUAAUACCCUAAAGCUGCUCUUUAUUGUAAAUAUUAUUGUGUCACAGCCGAUAUCAGUUGCUCUUGCUGUUACAAGCUCCAAACUUCACCCAACGUAAUAUGAAGGUCACCAAACGAAUGGGUCUCAGCCCAGUUUGACCCCAGCUAGUUGGACCAAAUCAAAAUUAUAGAGCAAAGCCUAUAAAAAUGUGGUUCUCAGCCGAAAGGGUUUUUAAAUAUGCCCGAUAGAUACCCAAUGAAUAACCAGAUAUCAGUUGGGCAGGCCAACCUAUGCUUCUCACUAACCUGCUUUUUAUAAGACUGCAGGAUUGGAUUGACAUUUCAAAUACCCUUUCUUUUAGCUUUUUUUUUUUUUUCUUGCCUAAAAAUUGUUACAAGGUGGAAAAAAGAUCAUUCAUGAUUGGGCACUGCUCAGAAAUGUAAUAACAUUGUGGUGUUUUGACUUUUCCAAUUUGAGGUCCAGCAUUUGGUCAGGAUCCCCCAUAGCGAAUAAUAAGGCUACAGAUAUUGUAUAUGAAUAUUUUGGCUGCCAUUCAGCCACAGAUCCAAGAAUAUGUUUGACAGCUAAUAGGUGUUUACCCUCAAAGCUCACCUUAAAUUAUCUUCAAGUUGGGUUUCCAGGAAAGUAAAUGUGCAUUUUCCCCACUGUGCUGGUCCUUACUAAGGGUGGAAGCCCAUAGUUUAAGAAGCAUUAUAACAAUGUUGCUCCAGUAUAAAUAAUCUGUAGCUACCAGUCAGCAAGUAGCAGUUACUGGUCUUCUGUUUGAAAGCUACUGAGGGUUACCAAAACAGGAGCACUAUGUGCACCUUACGUGUGUCUUUAAUCUUUAUGUGGGCACUAUUCCUUGGUAUAGCAUGGAUUUUGAUCGUAGGCUCUUAUUGGUGCCCCAUACUGUGUGUCUGCCCCUCGGGGCAGAAAUGGAGCUUCUACCCCUUUGGAAAAAAUAUAUACACAGGGUGGACAAUGAUGAAUAGGGAGGAGAAUUGUUGAGGAGCCUCAAAGAGGAGUUUUUGUGCUCAUAUUUGUGAUGUGCCCCUUGAUCAAUGAUCCUGCUCAGUUUAAAGAAGCAUAUCGUUCUGAACAAACAUUCUUCCAUCUACCAUGAGUUUAUCACUUUAGAUUUUCCUUUCACCGACUCCUUUGUAGUUCUUUAAAUGUUUUUCCGAAUCCAAAUGUUCUUCAGAGAUAAGGCUGUAAAGCUUUCGGGCUACUCAGGAUUAUUUGUUACAUGUGAAGGUGCAGCUAAGGUGAAUGUGCAUCUAUGAUGAAUGUGGACAUUAUUCAAUUAAAAGCUAACCAAGGAGAACACAACUUGGUGUUUCACUUUUAGGUUUUCCAUGUACUAAAUCUGAUUGUGACGGAGUACAACAGGGAAUUCUGAGACAAACAUAUCCAUCUAGUUGCAAAUGUAUUCUGUUUCAUUUGUCCGCUCAAUAGUGGAAUAUUCCACAGACAAUUUAUUUCACCAUCUAGUUAGGAAGGCAGUUGGGCAUAAAGUCUUGGGAAGAAGAACAAGAUGCUUGUACUGAAUAUUCUAUCCAGGCCAGUCAUAAAUAUAUAUAAAUAGGAGUGGAAUUAUCAUUUAUUUUGUAGUUUGGGAAUUUGUUUUGUCCCCAACCUCCAGGUUUAGGUUCCGGCAGUAGUUUAUGCAGGUGCUCACAAGCAGCUCUGCAUGUAGCAGUAUUCUAAGCCAUUUCACCAAACGUACAAUGGGAGCUAUAAUUUUCCACUUGGAGAAGUUCUCACUUGUUUUUAAUCUGCCAGGCACAUAUAUCAGGCGUAUGAUUGGCCGAGAGUUAUUGACUUUGGUGGAUCCGGUCAAAAUGGCAGGAAUGUUGACCGUGAGUUUCUGGGAGCAUCUUGAAUGCCUUUUUUCUUAUAAGCAAGUGAUUUGAAAUGGAGAAGACUAGACUCUACCUUUUAUCCAAUCGAGCAUUAGAAUAUUCACAAUUUACAUAAAUUUAGACCCAACUUUGAACUCCCGUCAACGAAACGUAAAAACACCUCUUUUUGAAAAUAGUUCACACUUGCAGCCAACUUGAUUGUUGAUUUUGGGUUGUAAUUGGGGACAGAUUUGUUUAAAUUAAAAUAUUUUCAAAUCAUUUGUAAAAUUGAAAAAUAUAACCCAUGGGUAGCUUAAAAUGAUGUAAAAAAAAUUCAAUUACUCUAUUCAUUCUACUCUUUAAUGUUCUACUUUGAAUAUUAAAGUGCUUUUUAGUAAUAUUAAAGUAUUUUUUUUUUUCAUUUGAGAUUUUUUUUUAAAUUUAAUUAAUCUCAAACCUUCACAUUAGAAAAACUAGAAUUCAAAAAUGAUCAUAAACAUUUUGUUCUGCCAUAAAAAACUAAAAUUGUUAAAAUCUCGAAUGUAAAUCUGUCUUCCCCUUAGAAUUGCAGUAGGCAACCAUGAAAACCAAAGUGACAGUUUUCAAUAGGUUUUAAAAAGGGAAACCUAUCUCUACACAUGUAUACUUGAAAAAAACAUUUUAUUUUCAUCCAUUCACAAUAGCUUAAAAGCUUUCCAUGCUUUUUCCAUUUACAAUUUGAAUUCUCGUUAUGAUGUACUAAUAUUGUGUGAGUGAUUUUCUGCUGUAUUUGGUAACUGUAGAUGUAGAUGUAGUUAUGUGGCUUCUAUGUUGGCAGAUAAUAUGACAAAAUGUAAUACCAGUUCAGAAUUGUAAAUGAUAAAAUGUCUUAACGCAUUCAUUCAACUCAAUCUUGAACAUCCUUGUGUACAUAUCUGUGUGAAAUAAAAGGAAAGCAUAUGACCA